CUUCUGCUUUGUGACGGUGGCCACUGAAGUCUAAAAACCAGUUAUAGAGCCCACUCUAAGUAUUUGCACCAAGUCAGAAAGCUGCUACCAUCUCCUUUUUGGACACCUGAAACCAAAGCAAAAAAGUGUUGAGUUUUUUCCCAAUUCAGUGACCUCUGGCUGGUUCUCGUAAGUGGACAAGGAAACAGAAAAUGGCAGAAACAGAGGAUUUGGUGGGUCUGGAGCCAUAUUCAGUCGACAGUGAUCUAUUUAAAGAACCAAUGAAGAAAAGACGACGGUCAGAUCGAGACCAGCAGUUCUGGGCAUUUCCCUCUAUGGAGCAGAGUGCUCUUAAGGAAUAUGAAAAAUUGGAGUCACGGACCCGAAGGGUUUUGAGCAACACUUACCAGAAACUGAUUCAGUCCAUCUUCCUGGACGACGGCAUUCCUAAUGGAGUCAAAUAUCUUAUAAACAGGCUUCUUGCCUUGAUUGAAAAACCACCAUUGGACCCAAUCUACAUUGGGUUAUUGGGAAGCACUGGGGCUGGAAAAAGCUCCCUGAUCAAUGCCAUCAUCCAGCAAGCAAUGUUCCUGCCAGUGUCUGGAGAAAGCAUUUGUACUUCAUGUAUUGUACAAGUGAGUUCAGGCUGCUGUGAGCAGUACGAGGCCAAAAUCCACCUUCUCUCUGACCAGGAGUGGAAGGAGGAACUAAAGAACUUGACUAAACUCCUGCAUGGGACUGAGGAGCUUGGUGAAGAAGCUGACACAUGGGAUAGGGAUGAUGCCAUGGACGAAGCCACCUGGAAGCUACAGAUGAUCUAUGGAACCGGGGCAGAAAGUAGGAAAUAUGAGGACUUACUAAGGGCAAAGCCCAAAGGGAAGAUUCCCACCUCAAGAAUCAUCACUCUCAAGGCAGAAGAGGCAGGUGAGCUGUCUAUCAAACUGGACCCCUACAUCCGAACUCAGAGGCGAGACCGGGCUGAAGAAUCAGCUGAGACACGAAUCUGGCCCUUAAUCAAAUAUGUGGAAGUGACUCUUCCUAAAUCUGCACUGAUUCCAGCAGGAGUUGUGCUGGUAGACAUUCCAGGCACUGGUGACUUCAACAGCAAAAGGGAUGAGAUGUGGAAAAAGACCAUUGAUAAGUGCUCAGUGCUCUGGGUGAUCAGCGACAUAGAAAGAGUGUCUGGGGGAAGAGCCCACGAAGAUCUUCUGAACGAGAGCAUCAGAGCCUGCCAGCGCGGCUUCUGCAGGGACAUCGCCCUGGUGGUCACCAAGACCGACAGACUCCACCUGCCAGAGUAUCUGAGGGAAAGACAAGUGGGAAAUCAAGCUAUUCAAAGUCACCGAGAAGCUGUUUUGGAAAGAAAUGAAACAAUAAAACUAGAAAGAAGUGGAAUUCUCAAGGAAAAACUGAAGAGAAAACUGCCGGCUGACUCCAAGGUUCUGGAAGCCGCCCAUCUGGUAUACACAGUCAGCGCCCAAGAGUACUGGCAGCAGGCCUUCCUCACUGAGGAGGAAACUGAAAUCCCAAAGUUAAGAGAAUAUAUCAGGAAAAGUCUCUUGGAUAAGAAGAGGAGGAUGGUAACCAAGUGUGUCACUGAAGCCUUUGGCCUAUUGGUCCUUGCAGAUAGUUUCAGCUCCACAGAAAACCUGUCGAAUGAACACUUGCUCAUGAGUGGUCUGCGGCACUUUGUUGAAGAGAAGACAGAGCUGCUGGAGAAGGCCAUUGAGCAGUGCUUUGCUCACAUUGAGCGGCCCCUGCAGGAAGGGGUCUGGAUGGCCAGGACUUCCUACCGACGCAUCCUUGGGGCAUGCCUGGUGAGGAGUAGAGGAAACCAAGGUUUUCACCAGACUCUGAAAGCCGUGUGCCUAAAACAUGGUGUGUAUGCCUCCAGAACCCUGGCCAGAAUUGACCUGAAUGAAGCCAUCACUCGGCCUAUGUAUGACCAGCUCGACCCUGUGUUUGGAGGCAUUUUUAGGACUGGCAAGGCCACCGGCUCUGCUCUGAUGCCUCACAUAGAUGCUUUUAAGCACUCCCUGCAGGAGAAAAUGGCAGAAAUUGGGAUAAGAAAUGGCUGGAAAUAUGACAGCUACAAAAAAAGUUUCUUGAUCCAGGAAAUAAGUGCCAUCCUGGGAGGUCUGGAGGGCUACAUCAUCAGAAAGAAGAGGAGGAUCUACGAAUCUCUUACCAGCUCGGUCCAGAAUGACCUGAAGCCCUGUUAUGAAGAGGCGGCUCAAAUCACUGGCAGAAAAGCAUGUGAGAGAAUGAAGGAUAUCAUCCGAAGAGGGGUGGAGCGGCAGGUGGCUGAGGGCAUGUUUGAAAGGGCUCAAGAGAGGAUGCAGCAUCAAGUUUCUAAGCAGCUCCCAAGGCAUGGAAUCACAGAGAAAGUGAAGGCCAGUAUCACCACCAUGCUGACCCUUGCUUCAUCCCAGGGUGAUGGUCUCUACAAGGACCUUGCAGAUGUCAAGAGUGAGUACAAAGAGAUGGAGAAGCUCCACAGAAGCCUGAGGGAGGUUGCUGAGAAUGCACAGCUGCGAAGGGGCAUGCAAGACUUCCUCAUGGGAAUGUCCCCCAGCAAAGCUGGGCCCCCCAAAUAAAACUUUAACCCCCCCAAGAGUUAAAACCUGAAGCCAAUCAGAAUUACUUCUGGUUUUUGAAAAUCUAAUAAAGAAU